ACAAGGAAAUAAUUCAGAAUAUUAUUUUGAUUUCAUCUCCUACGUCUAUCAAAACAGAUCGAAUGCAGGUUUUUGAAUUAUGGAAUAUGAAUGAAAAGAAUUUUAAAACAACAACAGUUCAAACAUUAUUGGAAAGCUCUGAGUCUGACGUAAAUUCAGAAAACUGUCAAGUAGCAGCGACACUGUUUUAUCUACAGACUGACAGGACAAAAGUUCGAUUUAUUUUUGACGAAUAUGAUCGGAAUCUGAACGGAAUUUUGACCAAGGAAGAAAUGCAAGCUACACUUCAACAGAUAGUUACUAAGAUCAGUUUUCAAAUUGAAUAUGGGAAAAUACAGGAAAUGGCAAAGGUUAUGGUGGAAGACAUGAUUCCUGAUGAUUCAUCUGAAAACCAAUCUCUUACGUUCAAGAUAUUUUACGAUUAUGUACAGAAGAGAGUGCUCUUGAAGAAAUAUAUUCUAAAAGUCCUAGAGCCUCAGUUUGAUGACGUCAAGAAGACGAAACAGGGUGAACCUGUAAAACAAUCCUAUUUUUCUGUUGAUUAUUUUCAAAACAAUAGUCAACAUGUUGCUACAGUGGUUUUAUUUCUUAUAUUUCUGCUUAUUAUGAUGAUUGCAAGAGCUCUUCAGUUUACCUCAAGUUUGGAUCAAAAUGGAGAUUUAAACUGGUGGGUGAUGGUAAGCAGGUCAACUGGGCAGGGAUGUUCCAUCCUUGCAUCAACCAUGACAGUUUUAGUGUGUAAGCCUCUUAUUACAUUUAUGAGAAAUCAAGGAUUGCAUCGUAUACUGCCCUUGGAUCUACACAUAUUCUACCACAAAUGGUGUGGUAUGCUACUAGCAGUGCUUUCGCUAAUCCACACUCUGUCACAUGUUGCCAAUUUUUAUAUAAAUAUUCUCCCAGAUCCAAAUAUAUUCGCUGCUAACAAUGAUAUGUCAGUAGAGGUUAGUUUUCUAAGAAGAAUUGAGUCUUUGCCACAAACUCUGAUUUUCUAAUCACUAUAUCUUUGGAACCAA